AUUUUGCUUUAUGCAGAACUUUUUGAUUGAUAAUGCGCAGGGUCCAUGAUCACCUCAUAUUCCAUUUCUAAUAAGAAUAUCCAACUUUACUUGAAGCAAAGCGUGGGCAUUUCCUCUUGUGCCUUCCACAUUUACUUUUAUUCAAAUUCCAUCUGGUUGUGGAACAAAUGGGAGCUGGUGGCAGAAUGUCUGUUCCUCCUCAUCCUAAGAAGUUGGAAUCUGAUGUCCAGAAGAGAGUCCCUUAUUCAAAGCCACCAUUCACGCUUGGUCAGAUCAAAAAAGCUAUACCACCUCAUUGUUUUGAGCGUUCUGUUAUCCGCUCAUUUUCUUUUGUGAUUCAAGACAUGACCCUUGCCUUUAUCUUCUUUUACAUUUCCACCAAUUACUUCCACCUCCUCCCUCAGCCUCUGUCUUAUGUGGUCUGGCCAAUAUACUGGACCCUCCAAGGCUGUGUCUUGACUGGUGUUUGGGUCAUAGCACACGAGUGUGGGCAUCACGCCUUCAGUGACUAUCAAUGGCUUGAUGACACAGUAGGCCUCAUUCUCCACUCCUGUCUCCUUGUUCCUUACUUUUCAUGGAAGCAUAGCCACCGUCGUCAUCACUCUAACACGGCUUCUCUUGAAAGAGAUGAAGUUUUUGUACCCAAGAAGAAAUCCAACAUGCGUUGGUUCUCCAAAUACCUCAACAACCCACUAGGCCGUUUGUUCACCCUCAUCUUCACGCUUACCCUUGGCUGGCCUCUAUACUUAGCAUUCAAUAUUUCAGGCAGGCCUUAUGAUCGUUUUGCCUGCCACUAUAACCCAUAUGGCCCUAUCUACACUGAUCGUGAGCGGACGGAGAUAUACAUAUCUGAUGCUGGUAUUCUCGCAGUUACUUAUGGUCUCUACCGUCUUGCUGCAGCCAAGGGGCUUGUUUGGGUUGUUUGUGUUUAUGGAGUGCCAUUGUUAGUGGUGAAUGCAUUUCUUGUGAUGAUCACAUACCUGCAGCAUACUCAUCCUUCAUUACCACACUACGAUUCUUCUGAAUGGGAUUGGUUAAGAGGAGCUCUAUCAACUGUUGACAGAGAUUAUGGAAUCUUGAACACGGUCUUCCAUAAUAUAACGGACACUCAUGUUGCACACCAUCUGUUCUCGACAAUGCCUCAUUACAAUGCGAUGGAGGCAACAAAUGCCAUAAAACCAAUUUUGGGAGAAUACUACCAAUUCGAUGGGACUCCUUUCUACGAGGCAAUGUGGAGGGAAGCAAAGGAGUGUAUUUAUGUGGAGGCAGAUGAUCGUGAUCAGAGCAAAGGUGUGUAUUGGUACAAAAAUAAGUUUUAAUUACGAAAAGAAGUUCGCAAAAUUGGUCUCUCAAGUUAUGGUUACUUGUUAGGAUAUUGUACUUCCUGUCUUCGUAAUUUAGGCUGUUCAAUUGUCUUCAAUUGUACUUUAAUAUUAGUUGUGCUUCUUUUAAUGAAUAAUUCAACGGUAGAAACAGUUGAAAAAGGACAAAAAUAAAUGUAGGAUAUGUGUUCUCUUAUAAUGAUCCAAUAUUCUUUUCUAA